AUGAAUCAAUAUUAUGGGAAACAGCUUAAAUUACUUAAAAUUGAUGAAAGUUUACACUCACGACUUAUAGCAAUCACAACAGCAGCUAAGUUAACAGUUUUAGAAAGACUGGGAUCAAUGGGGUUGGUAUUUCCAAAGUCAUCUUCAAGACUAUCACCAAUAAUUAAAAAACAAUCAAACAAACUUGAAGCUAUUCCAUUAUAAAUGGCUAAGCAAUCUUGCUAUUGUAGCUACCAUCAAAUAUUUAAUCUCUUUAAAUCAGCAUAUUGAAGAAAAACACAGAGAGCAUUCACUAAAAGAAUUUCGCCACCAGAAAGAAACUCUUAAGCAUAAGCUAGAAUAUGUUGAAGACUCGAUUUCGCUGUUUAAAGAAUCCCCAAAAAUUGUUAAAGUUCCUUCUACUGCAGAUAAAAAGGAAGAAGAAAAACUCAAGCAAGAAAAAGCUGCAGAGUUCGCCAAAAAGCUUCAAGAGGAGCAAAUAAAUAGAAUGAAAAGGCUUAAAGAAAGAGAACAAAAAAUAAUUAAAAAAUGAGAAUCUGAAGAGAAUAAAAAGCAAUUAGAAUUGAUGGUGCUAGAGCAAAAGAUAUUGGAAGAGAAAGAAAAAAGAUUAAGAGACUUGCAAUUAAGAGGAGAGCUAAGGCGAGAACAAUUAAAACGAGCUAAAAGCGAAAUGAGAGGAGUAAGGAAUAGCGAUGUGCUUUAUAAGAAAAUUGAGAAAAAGUUCGAAGAAAAUGUAAUUAUUCCUGACUCCCACGUUUAAAUUGGAACAUAAAAUUCAGUUCCAAUUUAGUAUUUUUUACUUUAAAAUUUAUAUUUUAUAAAAUUUUAAAAAUUAAAAAUCACUUUUAAUUUAUUUUUAUGAGAAAUUAAUUCGGAAAACAGUGAUUUAGUGUGGAGACUUUUAAAUAAUAUUCUAACUGCAUUUUUUUCUAUUAAAUAGGUCAACCAAUUUUAUAAUAUAACCUAAAAUUUUCUAUUAAAAAAAUGAUCCAGUUUAACGGGGGUUUAAGCACCCAAAAAAUGGAAAUUUUACCAAUAUUCUGUUCAAAUUUAAAUGGGGGAGUGAGCUUGAACGAAGAAAAGAAGAGCUAGCUAAAAAACGAGAAUUAUUUUCACCAAAACGAAAUGAAGAAAAGGAUGGAAUCCAUAAAGAAAGUUCAGAGCAGCUGAAUACAAUUAAAGAAAAAGUGCUUGAAAGCAGCUUGAAAACUUAUAGAUUACACAGAAUUCCCGAGGUGAUUAUACAAGAUAAAGAAGAGCUAAAAAAGUUUGAAAAAGAAGCUGAAGAAAAGAGAAUUUUGAUAGAAAAAAGAAAAAAGUAUGGAGAAAUGAUUAAAGAAUAUCACGCACCUGAAAUAGACCCUUUUAAGAAAAAAGAAAUGGAAUUAAUUAGACUUCGCUUGAAUUUUCCAUCACAAAAACGAGGUUUUUUAAAAUCUGUUGUUCAUAGGAGCCAUUCCGUAAAAAACUUUCAAAAACAAGCUAUGAGCGACUCAGGAUCUCCAUCCAAAUUUCAGCCAUCUCAUAGAUUACGAGAAAUAAAUUCCAGCGAUCAAAAACAAAGAGCAAUCCCCAAAGAUUAUUUAAAAGAGCAACGAGCCAUUCGAGAGCAAUUUCAAAAUUCACACAAGCAAGCCCAAAGCUUUAGCAUUGACUCGAGUGAGCCAGAGACUUAUCACUCAGUCUAUCAAAAGGUGAAAAUGUUGGAAUCAAAAGCUUUGGAAACUGAAAAAAUUCUUCAAAAUUCAAAAUUUUCCAACCGAAUUUCUGUACGCGAAUUAAAUGCUGAAAAAGAAUUAAACGAAAUAAUUCUACAGAGCAUAAAAUCAAAACUAAGUUUAUUAAUGUAA